AAGUAGACAUGGCGACUGCCUACGGAAGAUUCAAUCUGCACACAACUCCUGAGAAGUUUUAUAUUGAGGCCUGUGAUGAAGGAGCCAAUGAUGUCCUUGCGAUUGAUAGGGUUUCCACGGAGAUGACCCUCACAGGCAAGAAGGACAUCCCACCAUCAGCAGCAACCAAGCCCAUCUUUGGCGUAAUGGGAACAAUUCGUCUGGUGGCUGGAAUGUACCUAAUCGUCAUCGAUAGGAGAAGGAAAGUGGGUGAGCUUUGCGGCCACGCCGUGUGGAAAGCUGUGGAGUUUGAUGUAAUCUCCUAUAAGAAGUCUGUGCUUCACCUCACAGAUGACCAGAUGCAGGAUAACAAGACUUUCCUGUCCAUGAUCAACAGUGUGCUGAGCACUGAUGGCUUCUACUUCUGCACAGACUACGACCUUACCCACACCCAGCAGCGCUUGGCCAACACCAGCCCUGACUUCCAGGAGAUGAGCUUGUUGGAAAGGGCAGAUCAGAGGUUUGUGUGGAACGGAAACCUUUUAAGAGAGAUCACUGCACAGCCUGAGCUCCAUAAGUUUGCAUUCCCUGUCAUACAUGGAUUCAUUGUGAUGAAGCCGUGCUGUAUCAAUGGGAAAAUCUUUGAAUGGAUCCUUAUCUCCAGGAGGAGCUGUUUCAGAGCUGGAGUACGCUACUACGUUAGAGGCAUCGACUCAGAAGGCCACGCUGCUAACUUUGUGGAGACGGAGCAGAUCGUGCAGUACAGCAAUGCGAGAGCCUCGUUCGUGCAGACACGAGGCUCCAUGCCUUUCUACUGGUCUCAGAGGCCCAAUCUGAAAUACAAGCCCAAACCUCAGAUCAGUACAACCAGCAGUCACAUGGAUGGCUUCAAGAGGCACUUUGAUUCUCAGAUUCUCAUAUAUGGGAAGCAAGUGAUUCUGAAUUUGGUCAACCAGAAGGGCUCGGAGAAGCCUUUGGAGCAGACGUUUGCCAAAAUGGUGAACACCAUGGAAAAUGGGAUGAUCAAGUACAUAGCCUUUGACUUCCAUAAGGAGUGCAGUAAGAUGAGAUGGGAUCGCCUUCAGCUCUUGGUGGAUGAAGUGGCAGAGAUGCAGGAUGAAUAUGGGUACUUCAUGGUGGGCUCUGAUGGUAAGGUGGUCUGUCAACAGAGCGGCACCUUCCGUAGUAACUGCAUGGACUGUCUGGACCGCACCAAUGUCAUUCAGAGCCUGCUGGCCCGACGCUCCCUCCAGAGCCAGCUGCAGAGGAUGGGUGUCCUCCAUGUGGGCCAGAGGAUUGAGGAACAGGCUGAUUUUGAGAAGAUCUACAAGAAUGCCUGGGCAGACAAUGCCAAUGCGUGUGCUAAACAGUAUGCAGGAACAGGUGCCCUGAAAACAGACUUCACUAGGACUGGGAAGAGGACUCAGUGGGGUCUAGUGAUGGACGGCUGGAACUCAAUGAUCCGCUAUUACAAAAACAACUUCUCUGACGGAUUCAGACAGGACUCUAUUGAUCUCUUCCUCGGCAACUACACCGUGGAUGAAGCUGAUGGACCGACUCCACUCAGACUCCAGAAGGACUGGAAAUAUCUCACGUUGCCCAUUAUCAUGCUGGUGGCUUUCUCCAUGUGUAUCAUCUGCUUCCUCAUGGCUGGUGAAACCUGGACUGAGACGUUUGCCUACGUGAUGUUCUGGGGAAUGGCCAGUGCAGUGACAGGCGCGAUCAUCCUUUUCAACGGGCGGGAGUUUGUGGACGCACCCAAACUAGUCCAGAAAGAGAAGAUGGACUGAAUGCGUGUGUGGAAAGCAGCUUGGUCCUGCAGACUUCAAUUCCUCCCCUCUCUCUCUCUCUCUCUCUCUCUCUCUCUCUCUCUCGCUCUCUCGCUCUCGCUCUCUCCUCCUCCCUCUUCUUCCUCCUCUUCUUUCUCCUCCGAGUUGCAUCAGGCCUGGAGUCUACAUUGAUCUGCUCUCCACACUGUUCUUCAUGUAGAGCAGGAGUGAUGCCCAUCCUGGUCCUGAGGGGUUACUGUGUGCAGGAUCUCACCAUAGAGAGACUGAAUGAAUUGAUUAUCACAUUGAGUAGAUUAGUGCCUGACUAAGAGGAAACCUGGUCACACUGUGUGUUAAGGUGCAUAUACCCCUGUUACAGUUCUUUUCCUGCUGCUAUUUUGAGGAACAUGUCUUCCCUCGUAAUUACAUUGCAGCUAAAAGUCCAAAAAUAGUUUUAGUGAUGUAAUCGUGUGGUGAGUUCCAAUUACCAGCAAUUACCCUGUUUUGAUAAAAUAGCUGUAGUUGACUCUCUACAUGUGUAUAACUACCCCAUGACAGGCAUUAAAUACUAGAUUAAAUGCAUCAUUAGGACUACAGUAUAACUUGAAUGUGGUAUAUGCAGCUUAAUACAUUGUGUUAGCACACACCCAUGUGACAGUAUUUGUCCAGGACCUGGAUUGGUGGCCUUUGCUCAGUUUCCAUUUAAGAGCAUCUGACUCAGACUCACUGUAUGAUUGUUGAUCUCACUGUUCUUUUCUCUCAGUAUGUAUGCAAGUUUUUUUGUUUGUUUGUUUGUAUUUAGCUCAUUUACUAACCAGGUUUUUAGUUUUGUGUUUUGCAUGCAUGGUUUAGCUGAAUGGGGUUAAAAACUAAAGGAGGUUGAGGUAGAGGUUUUAGACACUGUUCUUUCCAUGAAUUUACCAACAAUUGUUUUAUUAAGCACUUUGGUGACUUGCUGCUCAAUGAUUUUUUUUUCUUUUUUUGUGUGUGAAAACAACUAAACACUUAAGGACAUGCAGCCACUAGCAUGAACACAAGUAUAAAUGGUUUCCAUUUAGCUUCAGUCUUCAGUAUCUGGUAAACUUGAUAUCAGAGAAUAUGGAAAGCAGGUUUGCACUUUGAAAGAAACAGUUUUAAAAUGAGAUCUGUUGUAUGUCAGUUGGCAAAGAUCUUUUUGGAUUGCUCAUGAAUGUACUUACCAUGACAAUAGGAAAUAAUCUGCGGUUUAAGCACAAAACUUUUUUACCCUGCACUGUUACUGUAUGUCUAAUUAUGGUUCUACUUUUGAAAGGGCUUCUUUUUCCUUGUGUGCUUGUUACUGUUGAGAAUCGAAAGAUUUUCAAAUCUACUGGAUCAAUGUACUGAAACCGGUAAAAAUUUCAGAACUACAGAGUUUUGCAGUAUUUUGUCCAUUUGAAUUGUUAGUUCAGGUUUAUGGCUCAGAAUCAAAGGCAUUUUAAGCAAGAGACACAGAAUCAUAUCUUAGAUUUCUGCCUUAUGAACUCUGGCUACAGUACAGGACAUAGGUGGUUAAUGUAAUCUGUACAACAUGAUAUGAACAUCUUUUAAAUGUGAUUCUUUAUCACACAGUCAUAGUCGGGAAUGGUUCAGUGAUGCCUUUUGUUUCCUUUCAUUUUCCCUAAAAUGUCCCAAGCUGCAGUGGUUUGCAUAUAAAGACAUGAUACACCAUUCUCUGUUUGGCCAGUCAUACAGUUUCCAGAUGUUACGGACUACUCCGACUUGAUAGUAUGUUUUACCACGACUGUCUACACAUAAAGAGUGUACUCACCAACUUCAACUGAAAAGAAUAACCAAGUGUACUGUAAGAGCAAUUAAUGUGAGAAUAAAAGAAAUGAAAAUUAAGUGAUGACACUGAUGUUUAAUUUAGUGUAAAGACUUGAAGAUUUAACUAGAGUUCAUUUGAUCAUAUCUGUAUCAUGUUGACUUGUACAUUGUACAUUAUGGUUAAAGAAUACACAUGUAUCACAAUUAUUUUCUUGUAAUGAUGUACUUUACUGUACAGUUUACAAUUUGGAUUAAUAAUUAAUAGCACUUAAUUGUGUAAUUCAAAUGAUAAACUGAUUUAUAUCCCAGUUACAAAAGACCACUGUAUUCCAUCAUGGAAAUUAAACAUAUGACCAGUAUGGUUUGGCUGGUCUUUAACUUGUAUUUUCUCAGAGUGGAACAUGAGACUGGAAAAACUAAUUGACUGUCCUUUUCAGAUUAAAUUGGGAUUUGGAAUCUUGUAUGUGUUUUCAUGUGAAGUUA